GAUACGAAAGGCAAUCCUGGAGAUACUGGACGACUCUUAGCAACCAACUUGCGUAUUAUUUGGUAUUCCCUAUCGCAUAAAAAAUAUAAUUUGUCUAUCGGCUAUGCUCGCUUUGUCAACACCAACACACGCUCAGUGGUCCCCAAAGUGGGUGGCCCUACCCAAGCGCUCUACAUACUGGCAACCGGCAGUAAUACGCGUUUUGAAUUUCUCUUCACUGAUGUCUCUGGCGAUACGGCACGCAGGAAUACUCCAAUUUUCCAAAGCGUUUUCGAAAUAUAUCAAUUAUAUCAACGCACCUACCUGUACAGAGACCUGAAAUUACGUGGCGCCAUUGUACUAUCGGGACAACUGAUAAUUAUGCCAGACGAAUUGGUCUAUAAUAAUGUUAACGGUGUUUGGAAUUUGUCUAGCGAUCAAGGCAAUUUGGGUUCAUUUGUGGUGACCAAUAUACGUUUGGUGUGGUUUGCCGAUGCCAAUGAUACUUUCAAUAUUAGUUUACCCUAUCUACAAAUUGCGAACAUACGCAUUCGUGAGUCGAAGUAUGGGCCCGCGCUAGUUAUACAAACAGCCGAAACUGGAGGUGGCUAUGUGCUCGGCUUUCGCAUAGACCCCGUUGAACGGCUGAAUGAAAUCUACAAGGAACUCAUAUCACUGCAUGCCAUUUAUUCGGAGAAUCCCAACUUUGGCGUGCGUUAUGACUCAGCGGAAGCACAAAAACGAUUAGCUAGCAUGAAAGAGGCCGAAGAAUUCAAGCCCGAUGAGUUUCUGGAGAUCGAUGAACGUCAAGAGCGCGAGGUCAACACAAAACUUAAUACCUAUUUGGCAGAAGGUACUGCAAUAACCGGCACUGAGGCACCAACACGGGAACCGGUCUAUUGCAAAGAGUUGGGAUUCGCAAUGGAGCGUAUACGUGACGGCUACAAGUUACAGGAUUUAUGGGAUGUAUUGCCGCGGGUAGAAGGAGAGUAAGAAUACAUAAGUAAAUGGUUUGAGGAUACACGUAGUAUUUCUAAAAAAAUAAAAUAUGUACUGAAAGCUUUGAAGCAG